AUGCAGCAAGAGUUGCUGGAGAAACCAGACAAGGAUCCGAAUGUUGAAACCGAGAACGUGGGCCUGAAGAGAAAUGUUGGUCUCAUUUCUGGAAUAGCUCUUAUCAUUGGAACAAUGAUUGGAUCUGGAAUUUUCAUAAGUCCCAAAGGAAUGUUCGAGGGAUGUGGUUCUGUUGGGCUGACCUUGACAUUGUGGUGUGCCUGUGGUUUGCUGACAACAAUGGGUGCACUGGUGUAUGCAGAACUCGGCACGAUGGUUCCAGAAUCCGGUGGCGAGCACGCCUACCUCAUGUACACCUUCAACAGAAAUCGCGGAGGCAAGCCCAAGCGUCUUUGCAUUAAAGGAUCCCGAUCGUUCUCCCGUGCUCCAGCAUUCCUCUACGACUGGGUGGCGCUCUUCAUCAUUCGACCCACCAUGUUCGCCAUCAUGGCUUUGGCCUUGGGCACGUACGCGGUGAAACCGUUCUACCCCAGCUGUGACCCUCCGUCCAUUGUGGUCAAACUAGUGACCGCCGUGGCUAUGAGCAUUAUUGCAGCCAUCAACAUUAUCUCUGUGAGAGCAGCAACGCUGGUGCAGAACAUCACAACCUUCACUAAGUUAAUUGCUUUGGGGAUCAUUAGCAUUGGUGGCAUUGUCAUGAUUUGUAAAGGCAGCACAGAAUACAUCUCAGAAGGGUUCCAGGACACCAACAACGACCCCCAGAAAGUGGCUAUAGCCUUCUACAACGGACUCUGGGCCUUUGAUGGCUGGAAUAGUUUAAACUUUAUUACAGAAGAGCUGAAGAACCCAACAAAGAAUCUGCCUCUUGCUAUCAUGAUUGGAAUCCCACUGACGACUGUCUGCUAUGUCCUGGCAAAUAUCGGAUACCUGGCUGUCAUGUCCAAGGAAGAAAUCAUGCUGUCUCACGCAGUGGCUGUUACAUGGGGCGAUCGAAUGCUUGGUGUUGUGGCGUGGCUGAUUCCAUGUUUUGUGAUUGCAUCUACGUUUGGUUCUUGCAAUGGCUGCCUCUUCUCUUCCGGAAGACUGAGCUUCUCUGCUGGACGAGAUGGUCAUUUCCCCAAGUUCCUGUCCUUUCUACAGAUUGACCGCAACACACCGAUGCCAGCUGUUCUGUUCACUCUGAGCCUGUCUUUCUGCCUGAUCAUCCCUGGAGAUCUCAGCACACUGAUCGACUUCUUCAGUUUUGCUUCCUGGCUGUUCUAUGGCAUCACCACGUCUGCUCUGCUGAUCCUGCGAGUUACCGAACCUGGGACACACAGACCCUACAAGGUACCACUUCCUGUGCCAAUUAUUGUGCUGCUGGCUUCCAUUUAUCUUGUCAUCGCCCCCAUCAUACAGAAUCCUGGCAUACAGUUUGUCUAUGCGGUGAUAUUUAUACUCAGUGGCCUCGUUGUCUAUGUUCCAUUCAUCUACAUGGGCAUUCACUUCAAGUUUAUGGAUUCCGUGACUGUGUUUGUGCAGAAGCUUCUACGUGUAGCACCAGCCAGUUCCUGA